AAAAAGAUUAUGCAAAUAUUGUGAUUCUCCCUUCAGUCUCUAAAAUUAUACGUAAAAUGAAGUAAAAUCGUCACAUUUUUGGGUGCGACCGUAUCAUAUUAGCCUCGCAAAAGUAGUUUAUAACGUAACAGUUUUAUUUUUUUUAAAUACGAUGACUGAAGAUCCUUCUUUAGAUGCAAAUCCUCCAAAUGAGCGACAUUCAGAACCUGAUAUGGACAUCGAUAUGCAAGAAAUAAGGAAAUGUCCAAGUUCAGAUGAAGACGACGAAGAAAUCUUUACUGUUUCUAAAAAACGAAUCCAAGCAUUUUCUGAUAGUGAGAGUGACAUAGAUAAGGAUAACGAAGUUGCUGAAAGACUAAGUAUUUCAAAUUUAUCAGACGAAGAAAAAUCACUAAGCCUGCCUAGGUCUGAAAAUAAAAGAUCUAGAAUUAAAAAUAUACAAAAUUCAGAUAGUGACAAUGAAGAUUCUUCUGAAGAGUUUGAUCAAAAGAAAAUACAGUAUGAAUUAGUGAGGAAUGAAAAUAAAAGAAAAAAACUUAAAGAAAAAUUUAAAAAUUUGAUUACUUCUAAAUCUAAAGUUUCAGAAGAGAUGUCACAGAUAAAUUCUGGUAGUACUAACAAUUUGGAAGAAGACACAUAUUGUGAUGAGAUUAAACAAAUACUAAGAACAUCUGCAAAUACAAUUAACUCGAUCUGUGAUCCCGAUACUUCAGAUGAAGAAAGUGCUAAAGAAGAAAAUGAACAAAAGGAGAAGUACAAAACCAAAACAAUGAAAUCCACAUCACCAAAGCCAUUAAGAAUGUCUGCAAAACAAGCUAUGGAAAACAUGCAGAAAAUAAAGAGUGAAUCAAAUCGAAUGUUAAGAGAAAUGGAAGUGUCUUUGCCCUAUCACAGACCAAAAGCUUUAUCUCUUAAAGAUAUCAUGAGUAGAACAAAACCUGCAGUAACCUCUGACGGAAAGAUUUUACCUAUUAAAAUGAAUCAGGAACAAUUAAAACAAUAUGCUAUGAUGUUAGAACAAAGGCAAAAAGAAGUUAUAGAACUGUGUAAAAGUGACACAGAUGAUGAAGGAAAUGAACAAGAGAACGAGGAAAAAGUUGAAAAUAAUAGUACGAAUUCAAUAAAUGACACUGAAUCUUCAAGUAAUCCUCAAAGUACUCUUAAUGUAAAUGACAUAAAUUGCUUAAAUAUAGACAAAGAAAAUCAAGAUGAUAAUAAAACAGAACAAGAAACAGACAAAGAAAAUAGUAAAAACGAUAUCAAAGAAACAGAAUUAUUAGAUAAUGAAACAGUUAAAGAACGAGUCAAUACUAAUGAAAAUAAUGAAAAAACUCCUAUAUUACUAGAUAUUGAAAAUUGUAUAGAUAAGGAACUAAGCAAACAAAAUAGUGAAUCUAUGAAUAUUACAAUUGAAGAAAUUGAAAUUCAAAGUGAAGUUAAUUUGCCAUCAGUUCCAAAUUCGAAUAUAGAUGACGAAAGUCAAGUUCUGACUCUACAUUAUGAUUCAGAAAAACCAGAUAAUUUAAAUAAAAAAGUAAUUCUAAAUGAUACAAAUGUAGAUCAACCAGACAACAAUGAAAUUAGGGAAAAUGGUAAUGACAAUAGUACUAAUGAAGAUUCGCUUGAAGAUGAACUGAAUUAUGAUGAAAUAGAAGAGUUUAUUGCAAAAGCUGAAUCUUUACCCAAUGUAAUUAAAAAAGCUGGUGAUACUUCUGUUAAUAGUAUGUGUCAUGUAAAUGCUUCUCCUAAAAUAACUGGAUGUCCUGGUUCAUUUAUAAAUUUAGAUGACAGUGAACCUUCUGAUCCUCGUAAAGUGAGCGGAGUGGAAAUGUUGAAAGAAAGGUUUACAUAUUUUGCUAAACUUAAUUCACGGGAAGAAAAAGAACAAGAUAAGGACAAAAAAUACAAACCAGGCACACAACAUCUGAAAUUAAAACAAGAAUUAGAAGAACAGAUAGCUGAGCAAAGAUCUAUGGAAUGGGAGAAGCGUCUUGAAACAGAGAUAAAAAUGAAAUCUGAAAUGAAUGGUGAAUUAUCUGAUGAUGAUAUUGAAAAAAUUGAAGCUAAAUUAGAAGACAUGGAAGCGGGUGAUAAACCUGGUGAAGAAACUGGUGAUGAAAUUUCUGAAGGUGAAGAGGAACCUAUUGAGAAUGACAUGAUCUUAGAAGAUAAGCCAAAGAAACGUAAUCCGAUGGUUGAUGAUGAAGCUGAGGAAUCCGAAGUUGAUGAAAUCGAUGAAAAAGAAGAAAACGAUCUCGAUGAAGCAGAUUUAAAAGAUGGUGAUGCAGAUGUAGAAGAUGGAGGCGAAGAUUUAGAGGAUGAAGAUGAAUCUAGUGAUAGUUCAUCAUCAGAGUCGGAAGAAGAAGUUGAACCUAAACCUAAAAAAGGACGAAUUUUGAAGGCAUUUGAAGAUUCAGAUGACGAAUCUACUGUAAACAAUCAGGAUAACAUAAUUAAUAAAGAAACCGGUUUGUCAUCUAAAGACGUACCUGUAGCUAUAGAUGAAAAUGAAAUUAAAGAAACACAAGAUGAUGAUUUACAACUGGCUCAAGCAAAUCAAUCUUCAGAAGACUUGUUUUCAACUCAAGAGUCUAAUUAUAGACAGGGGACUGAAAAUAAAAUCAUUGAUGAUAUCAGAUUUGAGAUUGAUUUUGGCACUAAAUCAUUCUCAAUUAUGGAUUCUGUGGGACCAAAUCUUAAAAAGUUCGAUUUUGAUUCUCCAGAUAAAUUUUCUGUUGAUUUUGGAACACCAUCACAAGAAAGUUCAAAUAUGAAUCACAUUGUCGGGUGUUCUGGAAGUUUACCGGAACCCAUAUCACAAUCUCAAGAAAUCGGCGAUGAUGUCCUAGCAUUGUGUACCGGAAGAUUUUAUGAUAACCCUAUUGCAACACAAGAUGAUAAAAAUAACGAUUUACCAGAGUCUAUUUCCUAUGAAAACAGUCAGUCGCAAGAAAUAGGCGAUAAUAUAGUAGCCCUAUGUACAGGAAGAUUUUAUGAUAAUCCAAUUGUAUCACAAAAUUCCGAUGACAAGAUCCUUGAUACUGAAGUAGAUCAAAAUACAAAAAUACCAGAACAAAAUACCGAAAUACUAGAACAAAACACCCAAAUACCUGAACAAAAUAGCGAGAAAGAGAAAACUAUUUUAAAUUCAAUACUGGAUGAAUUAGACAAACCAGAGUUAGAUGUUCCUAAACAGAAUAAGUACUUCUUUAAUAUACAACCCAAGGAUAAUUUAAAUGAAGGUAGCCAGUUGAAAAAGAAAUUCGUUAUUGAUUCAGAUGAUGAAAACGAGAAUAGUGCACCAAUAAAAAAAUCUAAGAAAUUGAAGAAAAGAAAAGCUGAAAAAAGAGCACUUCAGAUUUCAGAUGAUGAAGAAGAAGAAUUUGAAAAGGAAUAUGAUUCUGAAUCAGAAAAAGAAGAGGAAGAAGAGAGAAUUGUUGAAUAUGAUUCGGAAGAGAAUGAGGUAGAAGUCCAAGCUAAACCGAAAAAGAAAAAAAUCGGCGAGUUCUUUGAAAAUGAAGCCGAGUUGACUUCGGAAGAUGAAUGGGUCGGUUCCGGUGAUGAAGACGAGAAGGGCUUGGAUCGUAUGGAGCGUGAAGAAGGGGAUGAUGAUAUUUUUCAUCAGGGGCAGUUGCAGAGCGAGCUUGGGCAGAUACAUAUGCGUGAAGUCCUCGAUCAAGAUAAACGUGAAGUGAGAUUGUUGCAAGAAUUACUUUUUGAAGAUGGCGAUUUAGGCGAUGGGCACCGGCAGCGCAAGUUUCGUUGGAAGAAUGCAGAUGGUGAAAUAGAGACUGGAACAAAUCCCGAUUAUCUUCUUGAUACUCAGGAAGACGAAUUCGAGUCUGAAGAGCAGUGGAGGAAGCAGAGGCAUGAGAGGGAAAUGUUUUUAAGAAAAAUGCAAGAAAAAGACCAGGAAAAUCUCGACACAACUAUAAAUAGGACUGCUAUUAUCAAAGCUAAUCUGAACUCUCGUAGCAUGUCGACCGUGAUCGCUGAAAUUACUGAAAAAAAAUCUACAGUCUCUAACAAUAAAGAAGUCUUAGCACCGGAGAAAAAAAUAACAAAAGAUAUACCUAGUCCGAAAAAGCCAUUUAGUAUAUUUCAGCAAAACUACCACGGCUCGCUGCUGACCCGCGGCCGAGGAGCGCUCGCCCGCCUCGCCGCGCUCGCCACUCCACUCGCCACCGACUCCGACGACACUCCCAAGGCUGUGGCUUCUACAAAAAGAGGGAACUUUGUCUUCGCUACGGUUAACAAUGACGAUAUACCCAAGGUGACAACAAAACGAAAGGCUGAAAAUGUUAAUACGCCAAGAUUAAUAAAGAAAAUGAAGACUGAAGAAAAAUCUAAUAAUGACAAGCUGUUUCCGUAUGCCGAGGAAAAUGUGAAGCAGUUUUUGGAGACCGAGUGGGAGAACGAAGAUGUGAAGGAGGCAGUGAAUGCUCUACGAAAACUGGCCCUCGAGGAUAAGGAGAAGAGCGUCGAAGGACUUGUCGCUAUCCCCGGGGAGGAUGCGUCAAAGGAAGAUCAAAUAGAGGGUUUGGUCAACAAUGUUAAGUGGCAGAUGUCUUCCGAUCGCAAGGUGGGCGCCCUAAAGCAGUUACAAGGUCUUAUAUGGAAACAGGGCUAUGACAAGGGCGAUAUAAAGGGCCAUGUCUACGACGACGUUUGUUCAGCACUAGAACAGUGGCACUCAGUGGAAGGUCAGAAGAUUUACAUUUACUCCUCGGGGUCCGUUCAAGCUCAGAAACUGCUAUUUGGCCAAUCCCUAGUGGGAGAUUUGCUUAAAUACAUCGACGGUCACUUCGACACUGCAGUUGGUGGAAAGCAGGAACCUGCCAGCUACACUGCAAUUGUCGAGAAAAUUGGUUGCAACACUGAUGAUAUUCUCUUUCUAACCGAUGUUGUUAAAGAGGCUGAAGCGGCAAGACAAGCGGGUUUACAUGUAGCUCUCGUCAGCCGAGAGGGCAACGCUCCUUUAACCCCCGAGGCGACAGAAGCCUUCCCAGUGAUUCACUCCUUCGCCCAGCUAGCCAUCUCCUACAAACGCAAGACCGAACCCCAGGAUGAGCAACCGGCUAAAGUUCUUAAGACUGAUGUUAGUUAUGAUGUUAAGACUGAAACGGAAACAGAAACGGCUAAAAACGACACUUCCAUUGCGGAUAAAGAAAACGGAGAAACAGAAAAAAUGGAAGUGGAAGAAGAAAGUCAACCAGUGAAAGAUACUGCAGUAGAAAAAAUGGUUGACGAACCUGCACCAGUAAUUGAGAAAGUUACAAAAGAUGCUGGACCCAUUGACUCUGAUAUCCAACCAGUUUUAAAUGAAGUAAGCGACGAAAAAGUGGAGAAAAAAGAGGCCCUGGAAGUCAUGGAGACUGACUCUACUGAAAAGGUAGAGAACACGAAAGAAGCGACCCAAAAACCAGAAAGCGAUGAAAAAGAAAAGACUGAAACUAAUAAUACAACUAAUACGAGCGAAAGCAUUGUAACAGAAAAGAAGACUGAAAAUAAUGUAUCUGAUGUGCCAAAAGAAAAUUCUGAAGCAGUGAAAGGUGAAGAAGCAUCACCUCUUCCAGAUGAAACUUCACCUACUGUUAUUACAGAAAUAGAGGAAGUAACUGACAAGGAAAAUCUUACUGACAUGGCAGAAAUCAUAGACGAUAUUGAGCCAGUUGUAGAGGAACCUAAUCCUGCUGAUGAUAUUGAAGAGCUACAGAACGUUGGUGAGGUUUUGGAGAAAGAAUGUGACGAAAUUUUAUCAAAAGUACAAGAUGUAACAAAUUUAGACAAUAUAACAUUGAAACCAUUAUUAAAUCCUAUUAUUGAAGAAUCAAUGGAGACUGACAAUGUAGAUUCUAAUGAUAUUGUCGAAAGAAUAUUAGAAAAGGAAAUAGAACUUGAAAUGAAAAAUCAGGAGAACGCUCUUGAAAAAAAUACUGAAGAUACUAACGACGCAACAAAAGACAAUACGACAGUUAAAAACGAUAAAAGAAAAGAAAAAUUAGAUACAGUCGAGGGAAAGACAGAAAGUGCGGAACAGAAAGGAGAUGUAGUUAGUUCGGAAACGAGUACUGUUGAGGAAGAUAAAGUAAUUGAAAAUAAUGUAAAGAUUGAAAUUGCUCCAGAAGAAUCAAAAAUAAAUGGUAGUCCAAAAGAAGAGGAAUCCGUAAAAGAAAAUGAAGAAAAACUACAAUCAACUACAACUGAGAAUAACAAAUCUUUGUCAGAAAAUAAAUCGAGUGACGUCGCGGUAGCUGAAACAAAAGUACUAGACGCAGUUACGGCAGACGAAAAACCUGAAGAAAGUUCAACAGAUGAAGCACAAGUAAACGGUAAAAGAAAUGGCGAAGCGGUGAAUCAAAAUGGAGAUGCGAGUAAUGAAGAUGAACUAAGUUCACGAUUAUGUGAAAACACUAAAGACGUAAAUGGUUCUAAUGGAAAUGGUAUGGAAUCGGAAAAUGGACAAGACGAGAAGAAAAUAGAAGCAGAGGUUACUGAUAUAAAAGUAAAAACAGUUACAACAGAGGAAACGCGUGCUGAACUCAUAGAGCAGGCUACUGAAGCAUAA